UAACCUCAAUUAUCAUUGGCGUUUCGCGGUAAUUUUACCUAAUGCUUUGCUGCUUUUAAAGUGAUUAAAAUUAUUCUGAAACAGUUGAAUUCAGUAAUUUUUAACUUUUAUAACUCUCAAGGCAGUCACCAGUUACAUUUAUUUAUGAUUCCUCUUAUUAACUUCUCGACAAAAAAUUUUGAAUAGUUUUAAACUCUGGUUACUUUUUUACUAUCAUCAACAGAAACAGUGAAUCCAGUGAAUCGUUGUUAGCAAUGACUUCCAUUGAUCAUAAUUUUGAGCCGGCUUAUUUUUUAAGAUGUCAUUCAAAAAAGAACGAUAAUGCAGAUGUUCAAACACAAGUUUGGAUGUGCCAGUUUGAGCCCGAUCCUGAAAACCCAGAGAAAACGACCAACAUAGUAGCUACCUGUGGAGGGAACAGUGUUUGUCUCAUAGAUGUUACAACUGGCAAGGUUGUUGCCAAGUACAUACCUAAGGAUCUCAGGGAGAUGUUGUACACUCUGUGCUGGGCCAGCUGGCCUCUGCCUGGUAGAGGUGGGACAGUGAACGUGAUAGCCACGGCGGGAGUGAGAAACACAGUCCAUCUCAUUCUGCCAGCACCCCCCACCCUCGCCUCCUGCUUCCUCACGCACCACUUCGAUACGCCUCGCCGCAUCAAGCCCAUUCAGGCACUCAUAUUCCUGCCGCAUGAUCCCUACACUGUCAUUGUUGGCGAUACUAACGGUGUGGUGCGAGUGUGUAAGAUUACAGUGAGUGGUAGUCCGCCGUUUGAAGAUGCCUGCUCUAUGGAGGUGCUCUACGAAUUGUCAACAGAAAGUGAAAUAUUCAGUUUUGCUUUCUGCACAACCACUCAGAUUCUGCUUGCUGGCUGCAAUGAUGGCCUCAUGGGAUUCGAGAUCACUGAUGAAAAUCACAGUCCAAAACUGUUGAAGUUCAGCAUGCCGAUACUACCCGACGUGGAGAGCGCUCUGGUGGACUCGGUUGAAAUCAUCGGCAACGGUCUGGUGGCAUCCAAGUGCGCCCUGCACCCGGCCAUCUACAUCUGGCACCUGCCCACUGCACUCAAGUGCAACUGCACCGUUGCACCCACGCAUCUGCUGCACUGGAGCGACACCGACAACUAUUUCAUGUACAUCGGGCUGCAGUCGCAUUGUGGCUUGCUAUGCUGUGGCGAUGACAUGGGUGCUCUAUGGUUGUACGACAUCCUCAACCUGGACACUUCGCACCGACAACUGAAGCCGAUUGCAGUCGAGCCGUCGGCCAUCUUUCCCUGGCCGAUUCUGUCCGACUCCAGCACCGAAAAGAAACGCAAACUGAAUCUGGACGUCUACGACAUUGUCGUCGAUAAGGUCACCAUAAACUAUGACGGCACCUGUAUAGUGGCGGUCACCAAUAACAACCUGGUCUGCAUUUGGAAGAGGAAGAGUUGAGAUGCUAACUGUGAGAGCGAGUGAGAUAAGGUUAUUAUUUCUCAAAAAAGUGAUCUUAACAUUCUAAGUUGUAAAUAGUGUAAGAUGAAAAGUCCAUCCUCAUUCGGAAGAGGAAGAGUUGAUUUACCAACCGUGAGUGCAAGUGAGAUAAUACCUUAACAUUUCUCCAAAAAAUGAUCUUCUUAAGGCUGUGCAAAGGCUAAAAAUAAACUUUCUACUGGUGAUAUUUUUCAAAGUUAUUCGAUUUGUAUAGUAUCAAGCUAUCAAAAUUUAAAAGUUUUCUCAGGAAAACAUUUUUUUUCAUCAUUACUUUUUGAGAUAUGAGCGCCUAAAAUGUAAACGUUUGUGCCAGAACAAUUCAAGUUCGGUGAAAGAUAAAACCCUGAGAUUUUAAGGAUAGAUUCUUCAUGGUAUUGUUGAUCUAAUAGAACAAGAAUUUUCUGAAAAUAUCAUUGUAGUAAUAUCACAUCAUAUUGUUGAUCUAAUAAAACAAGAA